AUGCAGAGCUCCCGAUUCAAGCCUGGAUUUCUCUCUCUACUGUGGAUCGUGACUGUUGUAUUGGCAUUAUACCAUACACCAUGGGCUUCGUUCUCGCCUAGAAAAUCCUCGCCCGAGACACAGUCCCCGUUGGCUUCUGAGAUCUGGGCUUGGAACCGGCCUUUGUUAGACCUAGCUGCUUCACAUGGUGGCGCUGCUCUUACUGACCAGACGAAUAGAAACGCAAAACCGUGGCUGUCGACGCUUCAAAGCUUCCUACAACCAGUACUGUCUCCGCGGCCCACCUGCAGGAUGGGGACGUCCAAGCAAAGCGGCCAUUUUCGCCAGCUUUUGAAGUUUAAACCCGAUUACUCGGUCAAUGAAUUCACUCAAUAUGAGUCUGACCGGACUGGGAUGAGAGUAGUUGUCGUUGAUCACAAGGGACCUAAGGUCGCUGGUUAUUUUGUUCUUGCGACUGAAAUCCAUGACGAUUCCGGCGCUCCUCAUACCCUAGAGCACCUGUGUUUCAUGGGAUCUCGAAACUACCGCUACAAGGGAUUUCUUGAUAAGCUUGCGACAAGAGCUUACUCAAGCACCAAUGCAUGGACUGCUACAGACCACACAGCCUAUACGCUCGACACAGCUGGAUGGGCCGGUUUCUCGCAGAUUCUCCCUGUCUAUCUGGAGCAUGUCAUCGCUCCUACCCUCACGGACGCAGGCUGCUAUACCGAAGUCCAUCAUAUUGACGGGACCGGUAAUGAUGCAGGUGUUGUAUACUCUGAGAUGCAGGCUCUACAGAAUAGCCAGUCGGAAUUAAUAGACCUGAAGUCUCGACGCUUGCUUUACCCAGACGGCAUUGGCUUCCGAUACGAGACCGGUGGUAUGUUGGAGCAGCUUCGAUCACUCACAUCAGAGAGGAUCAGGGAAUUCCAUCGCGAGAUGUACCAGCCAAAAAAUCUCUGUCUCAUCAUCACGGGCGAGGUGGACCAUGCCGAUCUCCUCCAGAAGCUGGAGGAUUUUGAAAGCACAAUCCUUGACGUAGUCCCCAGCCCUGAUGCUCCAUUCAAGCGUCCAUGGAUUGAGUCUCGAAAAACACCCGCGUUGGAAAAGUCAAUCAUCGAAACCAUUGAAUUUCCAGAGGAGGACGAGUCUUUUGGUGAGAUCGAGAUUAGAUUUUUAGGCCCAGACUGCACGGACUCCAUCCAGGGUGGUGCGCUGAACGUUGUCCUGCUCUAUCUCGCUGGCUCUUCGGCGACUGUUCUUGAGAAUAUUCUUGUCGAAAAGGAACAAGUUGCCAGUGCCGUGUAUUUUUCCACUGAUGACAGACCUGACAUUGAGAUUCGAUUCACUCUCACCAGUGUAGAGACGGCGAAAUUGGCCCAAGUUGAAAAACGGUUCUUUGAGAUUUUACAUGAAGCCAUGGAGAAGCCUCUUGAUAUGCAGUACAUCAAAGAAUGCAUAGAACGCCAAAAGCGCAGCUGGAAGUUCUCUACCGAGAGCUCUGCGGUUCCCUUUGCUGAGUAUGUCAUUUCAGACUUUUUGUACGGAAGAAAAGACGGUUCAACACUGCUGGAUGUUGCUACUCUGCAAGAAUAUGAGGCGUUGGAGAAAUGGAACGAGGGGCAGUGGAAGGAAUACAUCAAAAAAUGGAUUGCAGAUGCUCCUCACGUGUCCAUCCUUGGUGUCCCGUCAGCCAAACUCUCUGAAAAGCUCAAGGCAGACGAAGAAGCGAGAGUGGCAGCACAACAAAAGAAGCUUGGCGAGGAAGGACUGAAGGAAAAACAAAAGAAAUUGGACGAAGCCAAGGCUGAGAACGACAGAGAGAUUCCGACUGAGAUGCUGGAACAAUUCAAAGUACCUAAAACGGAUUCGAUCCAUUUCAUCUCAACAACAACGGCCAAGUCUGGGCCUGCAUUGAAAUCUGGAAAACCAGAUAACCAAUUCCAAUCAUUGAUUGAUGCUGACCCCAUGGAUGUGCCUUUCUUUAUUCAUUUUGAGCAUAUACAGAGCAACUUUGUCCAGCUUUCUCUCUUGGUUUCGUCUGAAAAAGUGCCGGUCCAGCUCCGGCCUUUGCUGGCCGUAUACACAGAGGCUUUCUUCAAUAGCCCUAUCAAACGAGACGGCAAAACAAUAUCAUUUGAACAAGUGAUUGUCGAACUUGAGCGAGACACAGUGGGGUACUCCUUGGAAGGUGCUCGCGAUUUAGGAAACUCGGAAAUGCUUCGGGUUUCUUUCCAAGUUGAAGUGGAAAAAUAUGCUACUGCCAUUGCGUGGCUGAAGGAGCUUACAUGGAAUACGAUCUUUGAUGUAGACAGACUCAAGGCCAUCACAACGAGACUCCUUGCAGACGUACCGGAUUCUAAGCGCAGUGGUGAUGACAUGCUUGCUGCUGUCUACGUUAUGGUCCAUUACGCCCCUGAGUCGAUUGUACGAGCACGAAGCACGUUGGUCAAGGCACGCUACUUGAAACGCAUCAAACGCCUUCUUGCUCUCCGGCCUGAAGUGGUAAUUUCGCAGAUGGAAGAGAUUCGAAAAAGUCUUUUUGCCUUUGAGAACCUACGUGUCCUUGUUGUGGCCGAUCUGGAGAAAUUGCAAAAGCCCGUCUCUGCGUGGAAACCAUUCCUCGAAGGCUUAACCCCAGCAAAAGAUCCUUUACCCAUACCAAACCGCAAGGAGCUGCUUAGUGAGGCUGGAAAGAACUUUGGUAACCUUUCAUAUGUGGUUCCAAUGCCAACAGUUGAUUCGUCAUUUGCCUAUGCUACUGCCAAGGGGUUGGACUCUUACGACCACCCUAAAUUAGCUUCUCUGCUAGUGGCUAUUGCUUAUAUGAAUGCAGUAGAAGGCCCUCUCUGGGUCGCUGUCCGUGGAACUGGGCUUGCAUACGGCACAAACUUUGGGUAUAACAUCGACCUGGGAACUAUCAACUUCGAUGUUUACCGGUCCCCGAAUGCCUUCAAAGCAUUCGAAGCUAGCAAGCAGAUCGUGGAGAAUCAUCUCAACGGAACUGUGGCAUUCGAUCCCUUGAUGCUGGAAGGCUCAAUUAGCAGUAUCGUGGUCAGCUUUGCUAACGAGCAAACGACUCUCGCCAGUGCCGCACAAGGCAGUUUCAUUCGUCAAGUGAUCCGCAACUUGCCGAGCGAUUAUAAGGAACGCAUUCUGAACAAUGUCCGCAAUAUUACCGUUGACCAAAUCAAGGAUGCUCUUAGGGACAUUAUUCUGCCUUUAUUCAACGCACAGAAAUCUAACCUAGUGAUAACUUGUGCACCGACACUCGAAGAGGGAAUCAAAAAGGGGCUCCAAUCCUUUAGUUUCAAGCCAAUAAGCCAGCCUCUGAAAGAAUUUGAGGACGACUAUGGUUUAAAGGUUGACGGCGAGGAGGAAGAGGAAGAGGGAUCCGACGAAGAAGAGGAGUCGGAUGAGGAGGAUGAAAGCGACUCGGAGUGA